GCAAGCAAGUCGUGAGGUUUUGUGCGUGCUGCAUACCCGCCUGGCUGGGGUUGAGGUUGAGGUCCCCUCUUCUCUUUUUCUUUCUCUAUGAUAUCUUUUUCUCUUGGAUGAUGCGAGAGGGGUGGCGUGAGAAAACGGAAAAGAGGGAGACUCGAGAGGAAAGAAAAGAAAAGAGAUAUGCUGGAAGUCCGCAUUGCUGCUGCUGCUACAAGCGGCGGUCAGUCUGUCUAUCUCUCAUCGUCACGGCCUACCUACCUCACCUCACCUCACAUCACUUCAACGACCUCACCUACCCAAACACGCCUUCAAACACGCACGCACGCACGGCCUCCUUCCCAUGCCAUGUCAUGACAUCCGUACCCGACGCGGACGGAAUCAGUCGACUAGUCAAUCAGUCUGUCUAGCUUCUUGUCGUUAUUAUCAGUUACAGUUACCGUUA